AUGGCGCCGGUCAGCUUGCUCGACUGCCCGGACGAGGUCAUCGAUGAUAUUGUCCAGCGCCUCCCAGGAAGUGCCGUCAAGGCCGCUCGCGAGACCUGCAAGAGACUCAACCGCAUCGCAUCCCCGUACUUGUUCCCGAUCCUGUACAUCUCCUGUCAUCAGCUGGAUCUCGAUGUCUUUCGUAUGGUCUCCAAGAACCCUCUUCUCAUCGGCGGUGUACGCGAACUGGUCAUCGACGACACCACUGUCCCGCCGUCGGUCCGCGACUGGGCUACGUAUCAGAAGGUGGUUACCUGUCCACAGGAACCAAAUGAUCGACACGACCACAUGGGACUUGGCGAAGGCGAGACCCUUGAUCCUCGUUAUAUGAACGGGCAGCCUUCGAAAAUCGAGCCAAGCAAAGAAGCCUGGAAGCUCUUCAACAGCACUGCCCAAGGUCAUCAUGAGAACCGCCUAGCCCACGCAGAUUUCGAUGCGCUCAAGAGGGCACUUCCCCGUUUCAAGAGCCUUGAGACCCUCGUGGUUUCUAACCGAAUGGCCACCGAGUACUACUCCGACGGGGCGCAGAGCACAGAUUCAUCAAGCCCCGUGGCCAAGUUGUGGAGGCGCUUCGAUUGUGAAACGGAGGAGUUUGUGCCUUUGGUGCCAAAAUGCGAUUGGCAUCCAACCACCCAAGGCCUUCAUGACAGAACACCAGUCAACACCAUGGACUGGCUCGAUGACCGACUGGUGUUCGAUAUCACGAAAAAUGGUGUCUCAGACAUGACUGCAGUUCAGUCUACGUAUGACCUCUUUGUUGACCAGCAAAACAACGGCGAUGAUGAGUUGGAUGACUAG